ACUACGCUGACCACGGAGGUGAUCACUACACUUCUCUCUCCUUACGGUCGAGCCAAGGCGUUGAUCCUCGCGUGUUAUUUAUCAGUGGAAAAAACUUUGAACACUCUCUCUGGAUUUACCUGUGUAUUACCAGUCCUCCUAAGUGGGACACGAUGUUUAAGGUGUUUACAUCAGUGAAUAGUUACCUCAACCCAGGCCCUGUUAUGGGAAUUCCUCAAGAAAACUUCAAACAAGUAACCAUGCCAGUCCGAGAACACCUGCACCAUCACAAUCAUCACCACAACCACAACCAUCACAAUCAUCACAACCACCACACACAACAGCCCUUCGACCGCCAGUAUAGAGUCGGCCACAUCUUGGGCGAAGGCGGUUUUGGGCGCGUGUAUGCAGGCUUCAGAAAGAUCGACAACCUCCCUGUGGCCAUUAAACAGAUCGCGAAGUCAAAAGUGCCUGCCUGGGGAUGGAUAAACGGUGAGCGAGUUCCUCUCGAGAUCUGCCUCUUGAAGAGGGUCUCUCACGUCCCCGGCGUCAUCAGACUGAUCACGUGGUACGAGUUCUCCGACUGCUUCGUGAUCGUCAUGGAGCGACCCGAAGCCGUCAAGGAUCUCUUCGAUUACAUCACGGAUCGGAAGCGAGUGCCCGAGCCCGAGGCGCGGUACCUCUUCCGCCAGGUGGUCGACGUGGUGAGACAGUGCCACGCCGCCGGUGUCAUCCACAGGGACAUCAAGGACGAGAACCUCCUCAUCACGACCAACAGACAGGGCAGAAAGGUCAUCAAGCUCAUCGACUUCGGCUCGGGGGCGUUCCUCAAGGACAACAUCUACACUGACUUUGAUGGAACCCGAGUUUACUCUCCUCCCGAGUGGAUCAAGCAGAAGCAGUACCAGGCGGGACCUGCGACGGUGUGGUCGCUGGGCAUCCUGCUCUACGACCUCGUUUGUGGCGACAUUCCCUUUGCACAAGACGAACAGAUCAUCUCGGCGAUACUGGACUUCCGCGUAAGCGUGUCCGACGAGUGCCAGGACCUGAUCCGCCAGUGCCUCAGCGUCCGGCCGGAGGACAGACCUACGUUAGAGCAGAUCCUGCAGCACCCCUGGAUGAAGGGCCCCCGCGACUCUGGCGCAGGCCUGGUGGGCUGCAUGGGUGGCUCCCUGGGACCCAUGGGCCUCAUCUCCGACUCCUUGCUCGACAGCGACGCCUCCUCCCUGGACAAGCACUCGACGGGCAGCGACGCCUCCCGCGAGUCCGAGUCGGAGUUUUGACGUCCGGGAGCAGGGUAGUCGCGCUAGCCGUCGUGUUAGGGCCGGACCCAGCCGCAUGUGAAUCGUCCCCGCCCGGUGCGGAGGCGCUGGUCGCCACACCUCGCAGUGCCGCCCUUCCCGCCGCCUAUGGAGCGGGGGGCGGUGCCCUCAGGCCCCCAGCCUGGUCGGUGCUACCCCAGUUAGGGACCCCAGUGCCCAGUGCACGCUAAUCUCACCAAAGCCUCGGCAGCGUCCGUCGCGAGGCCUCGCCUGCGUCGGAGGUUGUGUCUCGUUUUCUCCAAGAGAAAUUGUACAUAAUGUAUUGUAAUAAAUUCGCUUUUAAUAAUAAUUUAUCUGUCAUGUUUUGACAGUGGAUGCCAUCAAUGCAACAGACUUUUGUAUUAAACAUGAAAUAUGGUUUAUACCGUGAGAUUCAUAUUUUUGUAUAAAAUGACAAAAUUCCUAUGAUGCAAAUAAAAUGCUGACAGUACUUCAA